GUGUGUGUGUGUGUGUGUGUGUGUGUGCUUGAAAGAAUAGUGUAAAUUAAAUCUAGUAUACGGAGGUAAUUGGAAGGAAGCACCUAAGAGCAGUGCUGAGUCGAUACAGGAUCAGUUCUCGUUAAUUAAGCAUCAGUCGCCGUCAGUGUGGCGGCAACAUGGCAGGCGGCCUAUUAGUAGAGCGGCUACGAUUAGAUGUGGUGGGCAGGAGCGCGCCGGAACCCGUCACGCCAGCAGCGCAGUGAAGAGCGCGCAAAGCGAGUCUGCUGAAAACGCACGCGCUCUGCCGUCACACAGCACAGCUGUGCGUGGAGUCCCACGGAAAUAAGAAAACAAACCACAGAGCGGAGCAAGGAACUAUAAAAGAAAUAGAGAAAAAAAAAAAAAGAGAGAGAGAGGACGCGCAAGUUGGCUCGCGCGACACUCACUCCUUCACCGCUAACAUGCCUGCCGUCAAAAAGGAGAGAUUGGACGGAGAAGAGAUGGCAUUAGGCGCCUUUGCGCAGCCAGAAUACUUGGCCCCUUUAAAUGCCGCCGCGAUCCCCGUAGUGACCCCUCAUCCGCCGCCGUACGACCACCUCUUCGCCCAUCCGCGCGCGUACCUGGGGCUGCGCGACACGCCACUGCACCGGCAGCACCUCCAUCACCAGCACGCGGACGACCUGAUGCUCGAGAGGUUCUCCUCCAUACCCGACUUUCAGCCGUUCUUUGACAACGGAGAGCCGUGCAUCGAGGUUGAGUGCGGGGAGAAUAAGGCGCUGCUCUACAUCAACAAACUGUGCCAGGGCAGCAAGGGACCCUCUAUCAAGCACAGAGGCGAGUGGCUCACGCCAAACGAGUUCCAGUUCGUCAGCGGCAGAGAAACGGCCAAAGACUGGAAGCGGAGCAUCAGACACAAGGGGAAAAGUCUAAAGACUCUUAUGUCCAAAGGAAUCUUACAGGUGCAUCCUCCAAUCUGUGACUGCCCUGGCUGUCGGAUUUCAUCUCCAGUGAACCGUGGGCGUCUGGCUGAGAAACGCACCAUCCCUCUGCCGCCAACGCGCGUACCCAAGAAGGAGCUGGCCUCCGUCUUCAGCAGUGACGAGAGCGAGGGUGGCGAGAGAAGCAGCACAGACCAUGCUGACAUCAAGCAAGAAGAAGAGCUCCACUACACUACAAUGAGAAAGACUAGUCGUGACAGUGACCUCUCAACGAUCAUCUCCAACCUGCACCAUACCCGACAGCACGGCAUGCCUGAGGGCCAGCCCUGUUCUGACAUCAGCCUCACCUCCACACACUCAGAUGACGUUCUAAGCAAGAAGAGAGCCUAUUCCCCGAGCAGCAGUAGCGAGUACCCAUCUGACAGCAAGAAGUCCCGCAGCGUGUCUCCCAAAGAAAACUCACACACCCCUGCAUUGGAGCUGGGCAGUCACAUGACCCCAGAAGAGCACUACAGGCGGAUGAUGUCAGCGCUGAACGAGCAUGGCUCUUACGAAGAGCAGCAGCAGCGUCUUUACCAGCUCGCCAGCAGUCACGAGCUGCUGCGUGUGCGUCAGGAGGCUCUGAGUGCUGUGAGGAACCCAGGAGCCAUGGAGGCUCACCUCCCUUCCGCUGGCAGCUCCUCAAGCCAGAGGAGGAAACAAGGCCUGCCCCAGCACAGGGAUGCACACUUCAGUGAGAGAGAAUUAUCCCAUCCUCCUCCACUACUGUCCCCGCAGAACGCUCCUCACAUCGCACUGGGCCCUCACUUGCGACCGCAGUUUUUUGGCAUGCCCUCUGCUCUGUGCCAAGCACCAGCAUACGGUUUCCUGCAGCCUGCUCAAGCCGAGAUGUUUGCACGUCAACAGGAGAUGCUGCGUAAACAGAACCUCGCUAGAUUGGAGAUGUCCGCUGAGCUGCUGAGACAAAAGGAGCUAGAAAACGUUCAGCGUCAACGCCUGUUAGCCGAACCGCUUGCUCUCCAUCCAGGUCUGCCUGCUGAGCACCCAGCUCUACGUAGCCUUCACGACAUGCCUGAUGAUGUCACCCGCCGCAACGCCAUGCUGCUCUUGCGCCACAACAACACACCUCUGCUCUCACUCAGCCACCAGGGGGCAACGGUGAGCAGUGCCUUCAAAGAGUCCAGCAACCGUAGAAGCUCGAAGAAAGGUGUCACGCCGCAAGUGGUUGACCCGUCCCACUCUAAGGGGACAGAGGGAGACACAGAUGGACAUGAUGAAGACAUGAAAGACUCAGAAAGCGACGAUGAAGUGGGAGAGGAACGGCCAGAGGGACUGACAAAAGCAGAUGGGCACAGCCUGAACUCGGAUGCUUGCCAAAGCAAGGACAUGUCCAAGCCCACUGAGGCACUGAAGGAGCUCAGGGAAGGCUCGGGCAGGCUCAGUGUCCCCUGCAGUUCAACAGCGCCAGAAUCACCCAACCAUCAUCUCUUCACACCAGGACUUAGCAAGAGUGAAGCCAAGUAUCUCCCACCAGGGGCGCUGCCUCCUUUCCCCAUACUGCCAGGACAGACACUGCCCUUUGGCUUCCCCUACGCCAACCCCUAUUUCCACGCUGGAGCCAUGGGAGGUCUGUUUGUGGAUGGGGAGGAGGCGGCGGCGGCAGAGGACAUCAGCAAGUGGAGUGUGGAAGAGGUGUGCAGCUUCAUCAGCAGCCUGGCAGGCUGUGGAGAGUACGCCCAGGUGUUUCGGGAGCAGGCUAUUGAUGGAGAGACGCUAGCCCUGCUGACUGAGGAGCACCUGCUUAACCACAUGGGACUGAAACUUGGUCCAGCUCUCAAGAUCCGCUCUCAGGUGGCCCGACGCACUGGCAGAAUAUUCUACAUGACCAGCUUCCCACUGGCUCUCCCACUGGCACCAUCUGCUCUGCGCCCGCCGGACCGAGACCCCCUGCCCGCAGAGACCCGGCCACCCUCAGCUCGCAGCACCUCCUCCCCGUUCAGUGCCCCUCCGGCCUGCCGCACCUCCCCCAAGCAGGAAAACGGAAACCCUCCUAAGGGAGCAGCUUAUGACUCCACUAAAGCGCUCUCAUAGAGAAUACCAUUAAAACGCAGACUCCUUCCGUGUAAAGCUGGAGCAGCGCUACAGGAAGGAGAUGGACAUGGAGAAGGGGGAGAUGGGAGGAAGCGGAUGUCUUUGAACUGUUCUAUUCUUCCUCUCACCCCCCAACCCCCAAAAUCAGAAAAAAGCAAACAUGAGGACCUUUGCGCUGAGGCACUUAUAAUGUGGCAAGAAUUGUACAGAUAUAGUGACUGAAACAAUGCAAGUCUAAACAGCUCCACCCAGUGCAGUGGCUGCGAAUAAACCAAAUCCAAAGAUGAGCAAAUGGGGCCUGGAGAUGAGACAGGAAGCAACACUGUGCGUGUAGUGUAUUUGCGAGGUAAACGUGAGCAGACAGAAGUGCUUCAACGCCGUGUCAGAGAGAUGGCAGACAGACAGACAGACACUGUCUUCGCUGUGACAAACUCUUGCAGUACUCCGAGCCUUUCAGAGCAGAGAAAUCCAACAUAAAAGGCCAUUUAUUUUCCUGUUUUUGUCUUUCUUAAUCCAGCUUCCAGCCGUUUCAAAUCCCAGUUCUGAGAAACAGAAUCAUCUUGAGAGGAUUAAAACACACACACACAUACACACACACACACACACACACACACACAAAUGCAGCGAGGAACUCAUUUGCUCUUCAUCAGUGCAACUAUGCAUUCCACAGUCCAAUACCAAAGAUGAAUGGACAUGUGGAAUUUAAGUUGAUAGCUUGUUAUUGUACAGAUUCUGUGACAAAUAGAAAAGGUACAUAGCUGCUCCCGGGCUCUGUGCAGGGUGUUAAGAGAACGCAGAGCACUUACUCUCACAACCAAAAGCCAUCAUCUGAAGGAACAGCCAAGAAAAUAAAAGACUUUCUGGUUCCGUUGCUCUGUGCUGGUCUGCUGGUUGAGGGAAUCCGAUCUCCAGAUCUGUGGUGUAGAUGGUGAAUCAUUCAGAGGUCACAUAUAUUACUGUGGGAGAAUGUUACAUUGAAUUGUACAAUAAAAAAGACUUGCUUUAGAGGAGAUUAUAGUGAAGGUAACAUAAGUGGUACUUUUUGUUAAGUAUUGUUGCACGAAUGACAUUUUUUAUUAUUACUGAACAAAUUGUGACUGACUGACUGACUCGGUGGCACUUUUGUUCAAUUUUUAUUUCCUUUUUUUGUUUGUUUUUUUGCUAUGUAUUCUAGCUGAAAUACAGAGUCCCGAUUUAAAUGCUACUUAAGCAUAUAAAUACAAGGAAAAAAAAAUAUUUAUAGGAUUUUUUUGUUGUAGGUGGAUUGACAAAAUACAACGUAUAAAUAAAUUGUCCUCUAAAUGGAACCCAAAGAAUAAUAACUUUUUCCUUUGUCUUUGUUGCAGGGAAAUGAAAGGCACAAAGCUCUUUAUGCAAAUGUUUGAAAAGAUUUUUGUUUUUUUCUCCCCUCCCUUUUUAAAAUGUAAGCAAUGAAUUAAAAUCACGUUUAGAUUUUCUGUCUUUGUUUUGCCUUUAUCCUAUUUUUCUAUUCACCAAUGGGUGGAAUAAAUCCUAUGGAAAACUUCCA